AUGGAGGCGUCCUUGCUAGUGGCUCCCAAGCCUACCAUGUCCAGGACCGCCUCUUCUAUCUUCUCCGCCAGAGGAUCCGCUAGGAGGUGGAGGAGCCUCGUCGUCGCUGCCACCGCCACCCCCAAGCAGCUCGGCACCCGCUCAGAAAGAGGCAACGUCGAUGCCCCGGUCGAUCACCUAGCGUGCAGCAAGCAGGCAACGACGGCGGGAGCUCGCGGCAGCCUGCUCGCCGCCGCCGCCGUGGCCGCGGCGACGACGACGAGCAGCUGCACGGCAGCGCUGCCAUGUCACGCUUUAUCAGCCACCGGGGCGGUGGAAUCAGGACCGCUGUCGCCGUCGUCGCUGGACACCCUGUACCGCGCGGCGGCGGUGCUGGGCGACCUGGACCCGGCGACGGCGAAGGCGGUGGCGGGCGUGGCGGGGCCGGUGCUGUCGGCGUUCGGCUUCCUCUUCAUCCUGCGGAUCGUCAUGUCGUGGUACCCGAGGCUCCCCGUCACCGACUUCCCCUACGUGGUGGCGUACGCGCCCACGGAGCCGUUCCUCGCCGUCACACGAAGGGUCAUCCCGCCGCUCGGCGGCGUCGACGUCACGCCCGUCGUCUGGUUCGGCCUCGUCAGCUUCCUCAGCGAGAUCCUCGUCGGGCCACAGGGCCUGCUCGUCCUGCUCUCGCAGCAGCGCUAG